GCGGUCUUUGGUCAGGCUUCACCGAGAUCCUGGGAAAGCGAAAUGGAGGGGUGUGUGUCUAACCUAAUGGUCUGCAACCUGGCCUACAGCGGGAAGCUGGAGGAGUUGAAGGAGAGGAUCCUGGCCGAUAAAUCCCUGGCCACUAGGACUGACCAGGACAGCAGAACUGCCUUGCAUUGGGCAUGCUCAGCCGGACAUACAGAAAUUGUUGAAUUCUUGCUGCAACUUGGAGUGCCAGUGAAUGAUAAAGAUGAUGCAGGUUGGUCUCCUCUUCAUAUUGCUGCUUCCGCUGGCCGGGAUGAGAUUGUAAAAGCUCUUCUGGGAAAAGGUGCUCAAGUGAAUGCUGUCAAUCAAAAUGGCUGUACUCCCCUACAUUAUGCAGCUUCCAAAAACAGGCAUGAGAUUGCUGUCAUGUUACUGGAAGGCGGGGCUAAUCCAGAUGCUAAGGACCAUUAUGAGGCUACAGCAAUGCACCGGGCAGCAGCCAAGGGUAACUUGAAGAUGAUUCAUAUUCUUCUGUACUACAAAGCUUCCACAAACAUCCAAGACACUGAGGGUAACACUCCUCUACACUUAGCCUGUGAUGAGGAGAGAGUGGAAGUAGCAAAACUGCUGGUGUCCCACGGAGCAAGUAUUUACAUUGAGAAUAAAGAAGAAAAGACACCCCUGCAAGUGGCCAAAGGUGGUCUGGGUUUAAUACUCAAGAGAAUGGUGGAAAGUUAAGCAGCUUGGAUUUACUCUUACUUUGUAUGUUUUGUGGUUGUCCCCUACUGUCCUAGAAACUAAUGUACUUGUGCACAAGAUGUCAUCUAUGAAUUAUGAAGUUGUUUCAUCUUCCAAGUAUUAUAAACAUGUUGACUAUUGUUCCUGCUGAGGUAUUUUUUUCUUAGCUUACAACUUGCUUUCCAGGCAUUGAAUAACAAUAAUAAUAAUUGAGAUUGUUCUAUUGUUGUAUAUUAUUCUGUAUUGAAUCUUGGUUAACUUUGAGUCAGUGAUUCUGUGGCUGUUGUGAGUCUUCAGCACCCUGCCAUGCACCCUUUAUCCCCCUCUGAGGCAGAACAACCCCAAUAGCACCAGGCCAAUUGUUUUGCCAAAUGUUUCUAGGUGGAUUCUAGAAUGUUCUUCCAUACAGUUGAAACACAUCGUAACUCGUUUUUCAAGCCCACUCAGAGGCCUAUGCCAAAUAUUUCUGUUUUUUCCAACAGUAUGGUUUAAUUUGUUUUUGUUAUAGGAGGAAUACUUACAUAUUGUGAGGAUGAAAUUUUCAGUUCAGAGGGCAGGCACGCUAUCCAAGUUUGGCAUUCAUAAACACUAAAAUAAUGAAAAAUAAUAGCCUGUGUACCAAUGUAUGUUUUUAAUGAUGAGCUAUUUCCCUCCAAAAUAAAGUGUAUUGUUUUACACAGGCCUCUCACUGUUGUGGCCUCUCCCGUUGCGGAGCACAGGCUCGCGCAGGCUCAGCGGCCGUGGCACACGGGCCCAGCUGCUUCGCAGCAUGUGGGAUCUUCCCGGACCGGGGCACGAACCCGUGUCCCCUGCAUCGGCAGGCAGACUCAACCACUGCGCCACCAGGGAAGCCCAAGUUUAUUGUUUUUAUAAAGGAAGUUUUAAAGUACCUAUAUUAAGUCAUCCUGUAUUGAAAAGAAUGUCAAGCUUGUUAUGAUGUGUAACAAAAAUGUGUUUUUAUUUGUAUUUCAGAAACUAAAAAAAUAAAAUGUUGAGAGAAUCUCCCAA